CACGCGCGUUUGCAAGAAUUCGGGGCGGGGUUACUCAAGGAGUCUAGGCCUAACUUUCUCUAUCUCUCCCCACAUCAACGGUAUAAUAUCACCAUGUACCACUUCUUGUCUGUCUGCCUGUGGUUAGCAAUGAUUGCAGAAUUGUCACACAGUCUACCACAAUCUGCACCACCACAACAACGCAGUGUUGUUUCGCUCUCCAACCAAACGGUUGUGUUCAAAAGAGGCGAGGGUGGGUACUACUGCAUAAAGAUACCCUCCCUAGUCGCCACAGCAGAGGGAACACUCAUUGCAUUUGGUGAAGGUCGCAUGAUUUCCUGCUCUGACUUCACGUGGACUGAUCUCAUCUACAAACGCUCGACGGAUGGCGGAAAAACUUGGGGUCCACUGACAAUUCUCUACAGCAACUCUUCCGCCGAGAGUGGAGAGAAUAACGUGAUUGGGAACGCGGCACCGGUUGUUCUGAGGGACACGCAUCGCAUACUGAUGCCGUUCUGUAGGAACAAUCUACAGGUGUUGCUAACAUACAGCGAUGACGACGGCGUUUCGUGGAGCCAGCCUGUCAAUGUAUCCGAUGUCGUCCACCCUUCGUGGUCUUGUUAUAUGGGUGCCACAUAUAUACCUUGAGCCACUCAUUCGCACCUAUGAUGUACAUUGAACAUAAGUCCAUCUCCAAGGUGUCCUUAUUCAGAGGUUUCACUGUACAUAAUAAAUCUGCUCUAAAUACUAUGUAGGGUGGCCACUGGCCCGCCGGGAAGCAUUCAACUGGAGUCAAAGCGUAUUGUAGUCCCAUGCUACCACUCGUACGAGCCACUGCGACUGGAUGGAGACUUCUCAGAGGUGCACAUGAUGAUCAGCGAUGACGACAGCGGAGAAUCGUGGUACAUUGGAGGAACACUUCCAGAUUGGGACCUACAGUUCCCUAGUGAGAACCAAGCAGUCGCUCUUGGCGGUAACACCAUCUUUAUCAACGCCAGGACAUUUCUCACUGAUCGACUCGGAGCUUAUAGCACGGACGGCGGACUGACUUUUGGUCCACACUUUGUCCCCAAAGGCCUGCCUCAACCUCUGGAAGGUUGCGAAGGAAGCACAAUAAGACACCCGGACACUGGCGUCCUGUAUUACUCAGGACCUGCUGUGCCCUUCCCCACACCGCUGAGAUACAACAUGAGCAUCUUUACUAGCUCUGAUAACGGUACAACAUGGACUGCUCAAGCUGUAGUUCAUUCGGGGUCAUCUGCCUAUAGUUCUCUGGCUGUUCUCGGAGAUGGCCACUCCAUUGGUCUACUGUAUGAGUGGGCAAAUGAGACCAAACUCAUAUUUGAUCCCGACUACUUCAGUUUUGUGGUCGUUAAUUAA